AUGGAUUUAGUAUCGACAAACCAACAGCAACAGUUGAUUGCACAGCAGUCAAACGAAUGGACCGAGGAACAGCAGAUUCUUUUGGGUCAAAAAAAUAUUCUUUCAGAAGAUGUUCUCCGAAAAUAUAAUCUUGCUGGUCAGCUUGCACAGACUGGUCUUGCAUACGUCGAGACCUUGCUUCUUGAAAGCUUGAAUGAAGAUAUUGAUUCCAACACCAAUAGUGGCAUGUCUGUUGGUGAGAUUAGCAGAGCCGGUACCAGAUUUUUGCAAAGCUUAAUUCAAGGUAUCAGCAGCAUUCAAAAAAAAGAGGAGGGUGAAGAGAGAGGUCUUGCCCACCCAGUUAGAAUAGAAAAGGCAGGGUUUGUUGACGGUGUUGCGCCAGACCAUGGUGACUCGUUUCAAGGUGGGUUUCUUAGUGAUAAUGAUAUCGUCAAGGUUGUCAUUGGUGUUCAUAUUGAUGGUUAUACAGCUGAGGUUGCGCACACUGUUGUUGUGAAGGAUUAUGCGAAAUACAAGGCUAGCCACGAAGACAAGCAGCAAGAGAUGCCAGUACAAGGCCGUCCAGCUGAUGCAGUGUGUGCUGCUUACUUAGCUUCUGAAGCACUUGUUGCACUUCUUGGUUUGACAGUUUCUGUCAAUGGCACUGAUUCCCAAGCACUUCUUGGAGGAGCUGGUGAAGUUACUGGACGACACAUUAGAAAACUCGUCGAGACUGUGGCUAAGGCAUUUAAGGUUCAGGUUGUUCCAGGAAGCCGUGUUCGUCGAAUCCGACGUUUCCUUGCUGGACAAGACAACAUUGUUGUGGAGCAGGAUCUUGAUCGCAAAUGCGUUGAAUGGGAUGAAGAGAACCAGGAACUGGAGCAAGAGCUUGAGGUUUCUGCAGCUGCUGCCUCUGCAGUUACAGAAAAGUCUGAGGAACAAAAGAGUAUAGAGUCAAAGUACCAGGCAUUUAUUGAGAGCAGAGACAUGAAGGACGACGGUGUUAGAGUUUUACCUGGAGAGGUUUGGCUCGUUGACAUUCAAAUGGCUGGCGGCCCACAAUCACCCAAAGGCCGUAUUGUGCGGCGCACUUUCCAAGGAUAUGAUGAGAGUGGUAUUAUCCCCCCUCCUACCAUUUAUUCUCGCGAUGUUUCUGUCAAGUACGAUUUGCGCUUGGCCAAUGCUAGAGCGCUUUUGGGACAGGUCAAUUCAAAUGCUUCUGUUUUCCCCUUUACUUUAUCCCAGGUUGUUUUGACUCCAUCAAAAUCCUCUGCUGCCGAAAACUCCAAUGCUGUUAAAAUUAUUCCUGCUGAACUUCGGGCUGCAAAGCUUGGUGUUAAAGAACUCGUUAAUCAUCACAUGUUUGUUCCUCAUCCUAUAUCUGUAGCUGUUUGGGAGCCUGCUUCGCUGACCAUUUCUUCUUCAAAGGGAGCCAAGGAUGACAGUUUACCUGUUGCAAGAGAAAUGUCUACUGUUGUUCUGGUGCCUGCUUCUGUCCAUCCUGAAGGUCAUGGUGAAGUCUUACGGUUGACUGGUGGAUCUGUUACUGGGCAGCCUGCUUAUGUUCACAGCAAAUACCAAAUUGAAGAUGCCGAUAUCUUGAAACUUUUGGAGCUGGUUCAAGACAACCGCUUUGGUAUCCGCGUUAGAACAGUCCAACCUGCCAGCGAAAAAGAAGCUCUUGCUGUUGUUGGCGCUGCUAACGCUCCCGCUCAGGACGAUGAUGCUAUGGAAUAA